GGAGCCACAGGCACUGGCGCCUCAGCCCGGGGAGGGCAGCGCUCCGGUAGCCCCUACACGGCAAGGGCUGUGUCUGGCCCCCUCUCAUGUCUCUGUGGGCUGGGGUCCCGCCAGGCUGGGGGGCCUCUGUGAGGUGCUGCUGCCCCCCAGGACUGAAAAUGAAAGGAUCCUUUUUUUCAGGGAAAAGAACGUCUGGUAAUUGUGAAGUGAGUGCACUGGAAGACUCACCAUCGCACUUCACCCCGCACAGACAAUCUGCUUCAUCUUGGUUCAUCAUCAUUCCAAGAUAGUGGUGUCCUUGGGGCUCUCUCUUAACACUGACAUGGUACAGAAGAUUUAAAAUCAGCUGAUGUUCACAAGGAAUAGAGUCACGUGAUGUAUGAAGGCAAACACAUACACUUCUCUGAGGUUGACAAUAAGCCCUUGUGCUCGUAUAGCCCCAAACUGUGCAAGCAGAGGCGACUUAACGGCUACGCCUUCUGCAUCAGACACGUUCUGGAGGACAAGACUGCCCCCUUCAAGCAAUGUGAAUAUGUGGCCAAGUACAACAGCCAACGCUGCACCAACCCCAUCCCCAAGUCUGAGGACCGUAGGUACUGCAACAGCCACCUGCAGGUACUUGGCUUUAUACCGAAAAAGGAGAGGAAGAAAAAGAAUGAUCCCAUAGAGGAGGUAAAGGUCAGGCAUCAGAUGGAUGCUAUGGCCUUCGGUCUGACAGUGCCCACCCUGGCCUUGAAGAUGCCCAAUGGACUGGAUGGGAUGUCCCUCUCCCCUCCAGGGGCAAGACUUCCUCUCCACUACCUGGAGGCAGAAUUAGAAGACCCCUUUGCUUUCAAUGAGGAGGAUGAUGACCUAAAGAAAGGGGCAGCAGUGAAGAAAAAGUUGCAGAGCAAGUUGGCUCACAACCGGCAGCGCCAGAGAGAGACAGAGAUUUUAAAAGUUCGCCAAGAGCACUUUAGCCCCAUUCCUGCACCUUUGCAGCAGCAGCCUCUGCAGCAGCAGCAGCAGCACUCCCAUCUGCCACCUUCAUCAGCUUCGUUAAAGCCGACAGGGCUACCGCAGGGCAUAGUCUGCAAGUCACCUCAACCUCUGAACACCAGCCUACCAAUGCAGGGAGUGGCACCCACCACACACACUAUAGCACAAGCGCGGCAGUUGUCCAACAAGAGACCUCUGCCUCUCCUGCCACCCGCCAGGGCUCCUGGCACCGACCCGCCACGGACUGACCGGGUCCUCAUGAAAGCCACAGCCUUCCCUCCGCACUCGUCCUGCAUGAGCCGGCUCCAGAGACUGGUGAAACUGUGCACUCGAAAACAGCAGCUGGACACUGAUCUGUUUCCUCACUUAGGGCUGGAUUGGUCUGAAGACAGUGGAGAAGAGUUGGAGGAUUCAGAGCAAACCUCCCCUUACCAGGUUGCGUGGUCUAUCCGAGAAAGCCUCGGCUAUGAGAGACCUGAGUCCGAUGAUGACAAUGCAGAUGACAGGAGUUCCAGGGUGACCAGACUUUGCACUUACUUUCAGCAGAAAUACAAGCACCUGUGCCGCCUGGAGCGGGCAGAGUCGCGGCAGAAGAAGUGCCGGCACACGCUGCGGAAGGCGCUGCUGCAGGCGGCCAGCCGGGAGCCCGAGCGCGUGGGGCAGCUCCUGCACGAGCUCCGGAGGGCAGCGUGUGCUUGCACCAGCACAAGCCAAGCAAGGCAGAGAGAUGCAGAACCAACAAUCUGCAGUGGGACUUCGAAGGGAGAGCAGUGCACUAACAAGGCCCUUCCAUUCACCAGGCACUGUUUUCAGCAUAUCUUAUUGAACCGUUCUCAGCAGCUCUUCUCGAGUUGCACAGCCAAGUUUGCAGAUGGUCAGCAGUGCUCUGUGCCAGUUUUUGACAUUACACAUCAAACACCUCUGUGCGAAGAGCAUGCCAAAAAAAUGGAUAAUUUCUUGAGAGGGGACAGCUCCCGUAAAGUUCAGCACCAGCAGCAGAGGAAACCCAGGAAAAAAACGAAGCCACCUGCACUUACCAAAAAACACAAGAAGAAGAGAAGGCGAGGCCCACGCCGGCCUCAGAAACCCAUUCCUCCUGCAGUGCCCCAAGGGAACCUCACCAUGCCUGCCACUGUCUCACUGCCAGUAGAGAUACCCCACAUACGGAGCCCCUCCACUCCAGAGCUCAGUGCUGAUGAGCUGCCUGAUGAUAUCGCCAAUGAAAUCACAGACAUUCCACAUGACUUGGAAUUGAAUCAGGAGGACUUCUCUGAUGUCCUGCCACGGCUGCCUGAUGACUUGCAAGAUUUUGAUUUCUUUGAAGGUAAAAAUGGAGAUCUUCUUCCAACCACAGAAGAAGCUGAAGAACUGGAACGGGCCCUGCAGGCUGUAACUUCUCUUGAGUGCCUGAGUACCAUUGGAGUACUUACACAGACAGAUGGUGUGCCAGUUCAGGAGCUGGCAGAUAGAGCGAUAGGGGUGUUCUCUACAGGUGCUGGAGCUCCAGGAAUGCAGUCCUUGAGUCGAGAGGUUAACACGGAUCUGGGGGAGCUGUUGAAUGGGCGUAUAGUACACGAUAAUUUCUCCGCUCUGGAGCUGGAUGAGAACUUGCUCCGUUCUGCUACCUUGUCCAACCCACCUACGCCCCUGGCAGGGCAGAUCCAGGGGCAGUUCUCAGCCCCAGCCAACGUUGGCCUUACUUCUGCCACUCUGAUAAGCCAGAGUGGCCUUGGGGAGAGAGCCUUCCCGGGACAGUUUCAUGGACUUCAUGAUGGCAGCCAUGCCUCCCAGAGGCCCCACCCUGCCCAGCUGCUGAGCAAGGCAGAUGACCUGAUCACCUCACGACAGCAAUACAGCAGUGACCAUUCACACUCCUCACCCCAUGGAAGCCAUUAUGAUAGUGAGCAUGUGCCGUCUCCCUACAGUGACCAUAUCACAUCCCCUCACACCACAUCCUUUUCUGGUGAUAACUUGGCAGCUACCUUCUCAGCAGAGAUGCCCAUGAUGGCACAGCACUUGCUCCCAACGCAGCUGGAUGUGCCACUUAGCGGGGUGGUCAACCCCAGAACUCACUGGGGAAAUCUUCCGGUCAAUCUUGGGGACCCCUCUCCGUUUAGCAACCUUCUUGGUGCAGAUGGACACCUCCUGUCCACCUCCCUGUCCACACCACCUACCACCUCGCACUCAGAGACCACACAGCCUGCCUUCGCCACUGUGACCCCCAACAGCUCCAGUGUGCUUCCGGGGUUACCGCAGACCAGUUUCAGUGGCAUGGGUCCUGCCUCCGCUGAACUCAUGGGCUCCACCUCCCCCAAACAACAGCUCCCUCAGUUCAGCGCAGCCUUUGGGCACCAGCUGAGCUCCCACAGUGGCAUUCCCAAGGACCUGCAGCCCAGCCACAGCUCCAUAGCUCCUCCCACGGGCUUCGCAGUGACCGGUGCCACCGCUACCAGUACCAAUAACGCAUCCGCGCCCUUCACCACCUCCAACUGAGCUUGUCUGCCUGGCUCCCUGCAGGUAGAUGGGGGACCUGUGUUUUCUAUCUUUCCCUUUUUCCUUUCUCUUUAUUUUGUCUGUCUUCUCUUCCCUUUUUUUUAAGAGGGGGUUGAGAAGAAAACCCCUGCUUCAGUACUGACCAGGGUUAGCCCUCUGUGAACCUUGCUGUAGCAUUCACAUGUGCUCGUCAGGCACCGGUGCUCAUUUAUUGCAGGCAGGUUCACUGUUCCCCAAUAAUUCCUUAAGGAUACAGCACAGUUACUGGAUGUAAAUGAUCUUAGCAGUAAGACCUAGAAAUGGGAAGAUACCUCAGAUCACUGAUGCAUGUUACUGUUCCCUAGGGUUCGGAUCAGUGCUUGCCAUCCCAUUAGCAUCUGGUAGAAGGUUUUCCAGUGGGAAGAAAUCUCUUGAUUUUUUUUUUUAUUUACUCUUUUUCCAAAGGUAGCAUUUGGCAUAGAAAACUUGGCUGCACACAUUGAUUUGAGAGUGGUGCACUGAAGUCCUAAAUCAAGAUCACAAUUCAAGGAUGAGUUUGGCAGUUUCUUGACAUAGUCUCUUGACCUCCUCUGUGUGUGUGUGUGUUUGGGGUGCAGGGAGCAGCGAUUCCUUUUCUUCUUUUGGUGAAGAAGUAGUUGUCCCCUUCCAGAACUGGUCACUGUUCUUACUGCAUGCUGAUUUUUGGUUGUUUUUUUUUAUCACGAUUUGUAAUUCAUUGAGUAACAAAGAGAUCAGUUGACUGGUUGCCCAUAAAUUUGAAGGCUGUUACGAAGUUAGCCCAGGAAAACAAAGAGAAACAGAAGGAUUGAAAUAUAGAUCAUGGAUUAGAGAAGGUUCCUGUGAGAAAUUUCCUUCCUUGCUGAAUUACUGUGGCCUUGUAGCAUUGAUGAUUUGCCUUUUCAAGUGUGUCUUUGUCCAGAACUCUUUGCCUGACAGGCUGACAGGAAUUUCCCAGCUGAAACAGGAAGAAUUAGGUUGGUUUUCUGCCCAUCCACACAAGUCUAGGCCAGACCCAUUGUAAGUUUCAAAUGGAUGCAUUUUUCACAAUAUGUCUAACUAGUGAGACUUUCUUGGACAGUUUUUAAUCCCCUGAGAGCCAUAUAGUUUUUCCAACAUUUGUAGGGUUUGAUGCUCUGUUUGGGAAGCUGAAUGUAAGGAACUAGCAGGUACCUAUCACCAGUCAUGGCAAACCAAAAGAAAAAUCACUAAUGCAAAAUAGGUAACAAUUUCUUCUGUCUGCAGGAUGGUUUUGUUUGUGCUGAUCACCUGCUAAUGACACUAUUCACUCUUCGGUAGUAAUUGCAAUUCCUAAAGAAAGUAGUCAGCUAGGUUUUUGAUUUCUUAAAAUAGUUAUUACUUUUUAAUUUUGUUCUUUAAACCAAGAGGUAAUAGCAGCAGAAAUUCUGAGGUGUUUACUUGUAUCUCCUUAUCAAGAAGGAAUUUGCUUAUGACUCUCUAGGGCUCAAACUUGCUACUGUACCUGACUUUGACUGUAAAAGUAACUCCUGUUUAAUACAAGUCUCUACUCUCCUUGUUUGUUUCAGAGAUGCAGAUGAGAGACAAUAGAAAAUUCUACAUUUCAGUCUUGUACUGUAGACAAUGGAUUUUAUUCUACCUGUGUGAAUUACAGUCUAUUUCAGGAAAUUAAGAGAACCAAGCACAUGUAAUAGGAAGGCUUAAUAAAUUUUCUGAGGAAAGGAUCACUGAAUGAAGUUUAGUUGCUAUAGAAAUUCAUUUCGUUAGCAGUCAGGCACACACCAAAAUAUCUGACCCAAACCUCUCCUUCCAUCUUCCUAAGGAACAGAGUUUAAAUGGGAUAGGUCUUGUGUCUUCUAACGAUUGUAGCAAUCAUAUUAUCCCUCUUUUCUUGAAGGAUCUGUCCUCUUUAAAUAUAAAAGAGUAUGGAUGAUGCAUAUGUCUUUUUCUGAAAUUGCAGUUGUAUAUGGGUGGAAGAAACAAAAAUUAUUUUCAUGCUUCUGUUGUUAUGAAGUCAUUAUUUCAUACUUGGUAAAAUAGAUCUUAAUAAUAUAAGCCGAAUAUUUUAAGUGGUGAUUUAAAUAUGUUUGUAACACUUAAAUGUUUUUAAACCACAUAAAAAGUUUAAUUGAAGCCUAUGAAAUCCUGCUUGUGAUUGUCCUGCUGAUUGAGGAAUGCCCAGUGAUAAUUGCGAAUGAGGCAAAUCUGACAAGGCUUUUAUUUAUUUUUAUAUUAUGUUACCCAUACUUUGUUGAGGAGACAACUGUUUGAUUUGCAGAUGAUUUUUGUUGUGUUCAUCUACCUUCUUCAAUGUGCUGCGAUGUCUGACUGAAAAAAAGUGGAGAACUAGUAUACCAAAUGGUUAAUUCCUUAAUCUGCUUGUGAAUUCAUGUAAUUUUAGAGGGUGUUAAUUUCUAUGUAUUGGUUUCAGGACUUUGGUCUUGAAAUUGUUCUUGUGCCCAUCAAACUUCUAAUGAAGCUGCAGCUAGUGCAGAGUAUAUUUGCCCCACACCAUGUUUCUCUUUCUUAGCAAAUGCUGGGAGGGAAGAGAGGAUAAUAGGAGCUGAGAACCGAGUUCUGCUUGGUUGUGUUGGUGUAAAUUACAGAGGAGCUUUCCAGUCUAAGGUCACAGUGAGUUUGUACUGGUCUAACUCAGAACAGAACCCAGCUCCUAAUCUGUGCAUUGAUUUAGACAGGGAAUUUCAGAAGCUAUCAGAGCAAUGGAGGUCCAUUAUUACCAUUUGAAAUCAAUGGCCUUUAUGUGCCUGAGUUUCUUUAAAGUAGCUUGGGACAUCAAGUCUCUUCCCCACUUAGAUUUCAAUCUUUGUGUAUCGCUUGACGACUCUUCUCUGAAAACUGACUGCGUUACAUUUUUCCAUGAGCAAACUAAGUUUGCAAUAAAGCUGCACUUUCAAAAAUAAACUUCAGUUUGUAUACAAUUGAAAUAGGAAUCUCCCUGUCCUGUCUGCCACAGUGUUCUGAAACGGGCCACCACCCUUGCCUUUUCCUGGUUCACUUCUCAUUUUUUCACUACCACCGAUUUCAUGGUUUCAUGGCUGCCAAGCAGUUACGGGUCUUGAUCUUAGCUUUACAAGGUGGAUCAUUCCAGGUGGCUUUCUACACCCACACAACAUGCUGACUUCAGUGCAUCAGUGUCUUACUGUUGGAUGCAAGAGAUCUAAUUGAGAGGUAUGUGUAGUCAGAGAUAUUUCACACCUCUUCCUCUGGGAAAUCCUGCUGGCCUGGUUAAGGUGGUCCUCGAGGCUGUUAUUUAUGUGGUUCCCAAGUAGAUUCCAUGCUCCCUCACAAAUGUUUUUGAGUAUCAGCUCUCAUAGCAAUUAGCAUCUUGUCACCCCUUCACCAAAGAGCCAGUGUAGCAAUUUCAGAUGCUCAAUACCUGUUGUGCCCUUUAUGUGUUGACAAAUGGAAUAAGGCUAGUUGAACCUAAAAGUCAAUUCCCUCACAUAAGAUUGGAGUUUUAAAGAAUGAAAAAAAAUUAGACAUAAUUUGCAUAAUUUUGGCAAUAAUAGCACCUCAAUUAGUCUCUGUACAAAAGUAUUUAACACAAGAUUAAUUUUGACAAUGUACAGAGGCUUGUCAGGAAUAGCUUCAUGCUCUUCUGGUGCAUAAGGCAUUCUCUAAGACAUGCUUUGACGUUUCCUUUCACCCAAGAAGACCUUACACCAGCUUUGAGGGGAACCAUAUGCACUUAGAUACCUCAAAGUUGAUUUGUUCUUUGGCUUCAUAAUUAUGAUACAAGAACUCUGUCUCUUCCUGCCUUCCAGUUCCUCUGGGUUCUUGCUUAGAUCCCUUCUCAUUAGUAGCAUGCUUCUAUGUAUGGCUGAGCAUAAAGGCACUAAAUUGAUAACGCUGAGAGGUAGCACAGUUGCAGGUCUGCCUCAGGCACUGUGGGGAAAAUGGCAACAGCUAGAUUUCCAACUGAAAAUGGGGAUUUGCAGUUCUGGUUUGGAAAGCACUGAAAGCCCUGAGAAGCUUAUUGCCUGCUAGGCAAAAAAUAAGAGAAAAUAAAUUGUCAAAGAGGAAUUGUACCUAAUAGCAGAGAGAAGCCAAAAGAAGUGGCCUUUUAUUUUAUUUUUUUUAUAAAAGGAAGGUGAGUAUUGAAAAAUUAGGAUUUUCUGUUGUGAGCUGUCACUGGCUUUAGGGGCAUGGCCGAGGAAAAAGACCUCAGACUGAGCCUGCAAACCAGCAGCCAUAUUCAGUUUGAAACCUUGUCUUGCUGUAACCACAUCUACAUGCAUUCUGGGUUUGAAUCUGUUUGCCAAGAGAGUCCUGCAAAGGUGUACAAUAAACAGUGGGCAGUUUUCUUCCCUGAGAAGCUGGCCCUGGUGGCUACCUGUGCUGCUUCUGAGCUCCAGUUGUUCUCUGAGCUCCUGCAGCCUCCUUGCUGCUGGAUAUCCCUGUAGGCAUUGCCAGGCCUCCACGGGUAUUUCUCCCUGUCUUUGUGCUGCAGUGAGCUAAAUCUGCUCAUGAAUUCUCCAGCAGUAUGAGCCUUUGGGCAGAGAAGAGGGAAACGUUUUUAGAUAAUCAGCUACCUGCAGUUAACCUUUCAAGACUUGCAGGACAAUGGUAGGAGGUGCUUUCAGCCAACAAACAAUAGAAAAGUUACCUGUAGUGACGUUGGGCAGUGAGACAUUUGUGUGGCUGUCCAGGCAGCUUCCCUGGUGGAACUGGGGUAUUUUUCCUUUUGUGUUUCUACAUGUGAAGGACUCUCCUGUGCAGACCUCUUGCAAGGUUCAGUAGUGGCAGAAAGAGUAACUGAGGGAAUAGUUUGGGGCUAGUGUGCUGGCUGGAUCUUUAGGUCUUUCUCACCUUCUGACCACAAGGUCUUUCUGAUCUUCUGGGUAACAUUUAAUGAUGGGGAUUUGUGGGCUACUUCUCAUACCUCCUUUAUUUCCUUCCACUCCACAUUCUUCAUCAUUCUUGCGUCUGUUUUCCCAUUCUCAGAUACUUCUCCAAUGUAAGUUAUGCCAGCUGGUAAGUCUUCUGUGGUUCUGAGCAAAUCUGACUGUAAGAUGAACUGGAGGAGAGAUUUCUGCAAUUCAUAACAUGUAUUUGGAUGCUGGAAUGACAGUGCAAUAGAACAAAGUAUUUUUCAGAUCAGUGAGUAGGGAGAUGUUUCACAGCAUGCUAAUAUGUCAUGAACUAGAUACUGAGGGUACAACAUUGAUCAUGGGUGUGCACAUGCUAGCAGUGAAUACUGAGGCAUUUUUAGCAAGAUUUUACCUUCUGAGAAGUUCCUCUUCAUUUGAGAUGUGUAUCAGUAGAAAGUCACGAAUUAAAAUUUAAAUUACUCUUUCUUAAUACACUCAAGCCCAAAUAAAAGUAAGGAGGAUUGGUGACAAAAAUCUAUAUUUGCGUUCACUAAACUUCAACUUUUGGACUUCAGGAGAGGUCUGGUCAUAGGAGACCUUAGUUCUGAUCAGUUAAAGUUUUAGUCUUGUCUUUAAAACUAGACAAAGGCACUGUUAGGAAAAAAAGUUUGGGGAAGGAGAAGGAGUUAGAAAAGAUGCAUCUUAAAACAAUUCUCUCACUUGUGUCUUCAGCCUCUUUUUAAAAAAAAUCCCAAAUGGUAUUAACUAUUUUCCCUUUGCUGUCUGGUACUUCUUAUGGUUGUUGAGUUCUUUGCUUUGCCCUGUUUUACUCUCCUCCUUUUGUAGCUACUGUGGAAUGAAGUAAUGUAGUGGAAGCAUGAAAGGACAAAGUGAGCAUGGCUGUAAGUUGAGAGCAAUAGUUAGUUGGAAAAGGCUUUUUUAUCUGUCUCCUUGAAGUAAGUGUUGGCACCUUUUCAGUCUACUUGAGGUCGUAGAAUUUGGUCUGAAAGUGAAUAGGAUGAACCUUAGGCUUUUGACCAUAAAGUGUACUUGCUGUAGAAAAAUGCAUUCUUCCUCCUCUUCCUCUUGCUAGUCCCCCAAACACACACACAGUGAGAUGUCCAGAGUUACCCAUGUGUGAGCACAUAGGCAUGUUGAACUUGGUCCAGUGAUGCUAAUGUUUAACCUGCUUUCUCCUUGUCAGCUGGUGCCCACGGAGAUGAACUCUGGAUAGGUAACGUUCCCAGAUAUCCUCUGGAAAACUUUAACUUUGGUGCAGGUUGCUGUGAUGUAGCUAACUGCGAUGGCAUUGGCUUCUACCUUGGAGUGGACUGAUUUACCCUGAAAUGACUCUCUAACCUGCAUCUUAAACAGUGUAGUUGGUUCUGGUGCAAGUAGAUUCAUUCUGAAGUGAUGGACAUUUUGAUUCUCAUGCAAAAUAGCUACAUCCUACCAGAAGGGGUUGAACCAGUUUCUCUGAACAGUGAUGACCUUCACUGUACAGUUUUGGGUAUGUCUCAGGGAUUCCUUGUGGAAAUAAGGGCAGUUAACAAAAAAGAAAAAAAGAAAAAAAAAAAAAAGAAAAAAAAAAAAAAGGAAAAAAGUUAAUAGUUUUAAAAGUAAAUAAUAAUUUAAGUAGAGCGUCACCUAAGUGAGAGUGCAAGAAGGAGAAAUCUUUGUUCAGUUUUAUAGUCAACAGUGUCUGGCUUACGGACUCUUUCUCUUCUCGGGGCUCUCAUCUCAACUUCAACAUACAGAAUCUUUUUCAUCACGCUCAGCUUUAAACUUUUUAUUUAAAGAUACCCUUCCCCAAUGAGCUUUCAGAAUACUUAUUGUAGAUUUUAAGAGAAAUGGUAUAUUAAUUUAUGCUAUUAACAUCACCUCAUAAAUUAUAAGUUUUAUACUAAAGCUGUAUUGAGUGUAAUGAAUUAUGUUGCAUAUGUGUUUUUAAUAGCUAUAAAAUUAUAUACAAGCUUUUUUGGAAAAACAAACUAGUGAAGCACCUUUUUACACUGGAUCUUUGCCGUGUCAAGGUGUACAGCUAUUCUUUGCUACCUUGCAGAUAUCUAUAUCUAUAUAUAGAUAUAUAUAUAAAUAAAAUAAAAUGGUAUCCUGUAUCAACAAGUAUAGAACUCUUUUUAACCCUUAUAUUACUGUUCCUAUAACUCUUUUUAAAUUUUGAGUGUUACAUUCUGCAAUAAUUUAUCCGUGGUUUGUACCUAUGAUUAGAAAUUUAGUUACAGGGUAAAUAGAUCAAAUUUAAAAAUCCAACUACUGUAGCUGGGAGUUGUGAACCAAGUUUGUAAGACCUUUUCUUUUUUUAAAUGUAUUUAUUUCCAGUUAGCUCUGUGAGUUGGAAUUUGAAAAGUUGGAACAUUAGGAAUCUACAGUGUCUUAUUCAGGAAUUUUCCCCUCCUUUCCUCACAAAGGAAUUCCCACUGUGACUUAUAAAUAGAAUUAGACUGCUUGUGUGCAUGUAUGUAUUAUAUAUACACACAAAAAUAUGCAUUGGGGGGGGAUGUAUGUGUGAUACGAAUGUGUAUAUUGUAUGUAGGUCAUAGUUUUGUAAAGAGAAAAGUAGUCAAGAGGUGAUGGAAUGUAUUGUAGAAAUGUGAUUAUUUAGUAGGGGGUUGUUAUGUCCUCACUGUUAUAUAAAUAACUGAAACUCUCUACUAUAUAAUCUUCUGUUAUGAGGCUAACUCUGAUAUCAUGUCAAUUUUACUGUUUUUCAAAUGAGUUGCUUUGAGCCCUGUUUAAAAUGCCAUGAAAAUACCAAGCUCCCAAAGACAGCCUUUAAAUAAAACAAAUGGGGGAGGAGGAAUGAUGGAAGAAAGGAGUUUUCCAGAACAAACUGAAUGGGAAGGUUUGCAUUCAGUGGGAUGGAGAGGCAUGAGAAUUGCUGUAUCUUUGCAAAUUAAUACCUGAAUCUCCUACGGUCUGACUUGGAAAAUGUUGUCAAUCAGUGUUCUUGUGUUUUCCAAUUAGAUUGUAAGGGGUGCUGUUUGUGCAGUGGUCUCCAUUCCUAAAAGGAUCUUGUCUCCAAAGCAGAUUUUUUUUUCUCUUCUGAGGAUGUUUGUGUGUAUCAAUUUUGCCCCAAAAUUUCUGUUGUGGGAUUGCAGAACAAAAUACGCAUUCAGUCAAGGGAGUUUCAUUUAGGCUGUAAAAUUCUGAAUUUGAUUUUGACCACUUACCUUUUUUUCAUAAUUGGAGAAGAAAGAUUUCUUUAUGGGAGUUCUCAUUUGAAAUUGUGAGAAGUCAGAAACGUUCUUCAGAUUGGCUUACUCUUCAUAUUGUUCUAUUUAGGCUGGAGAAAGUAGCCUAAUUGUUAUUUAUUCAUACAGUAUCACUUCUAUGAUGAUCCCAGUGACUUUAGAAACCUUUUUAGAAAAACAGAGCUUCUAGUAUUGAAUGGAAAUUUGAAAUUUUUUGCAGUUUUUCUUUUAUUCCCCUCCAUAUCAUGAUGUUGAUGCUCCCCCAGGCAUCUCUCUCCCUUUCCUUCUCUCCACAAUUUGUUUCUGACACAUAUGCAUAGAGGCAAAAGGUUAGGGUGGUGGAAGUUGUCAGAGGCCUUUUCUUCUGCUUAUUUGGUGGUAAUGGGAAUUAGGAGCAUAAAUCUUUAUGCCUUUAUGGAGGAGAAUAUACCCAUUUUUGUGUACAGAGAGGUAUAUCUGUAUAUGAGAUAACAAGCAUUUUGCUGAAUGUGGACUUGCCCUCAUGAAGUACAAUAAAUAUGUAUGAAUGCAAUCAAUCUAAAUCUAUAUAUACAUGCAUACAGAUUGAUAGGUGGAAUAUACCUUGUGUCACACACCUGUACAUUAGCUGUAACACCAGUGAGUGUGUGAGCUAAAGAGAGGGACUGUCCACCUAACAUAUGUGUAACAGGUAAGCACUUGUGCCAGACAAGUUGUUCUAAAUUCUUCUGAGGGGUCUGGAUGACUCAGAGACUGAUCUGAGCUUGGCCACCAUUGGCUUGUGUUACCUCAGCCCUCGCAGUGGAGUUUCCUUUCUGUGUCUCUGCUUUUGUUUUAUAUUUAGUCUCUUUGAGGCCUCUUGCAAAAUGCCAACUUCUUCUGCUUCCCUGCUCCAUUGCCUCCAUUCCAGCUCCUCCUUGUCCCUGCAUCUCUGCAGUUUCUCUUGCUAGCAGCAAUCAGCUUUAAUGGCCCAAUCCAGCUCUGCUUAUGCAUGAGGGAAAUUCUCUUGGUGACUGGAGUGGUAGCUGAAUUGGGCCCUGAGCAUCUGCUUGAACUUAUGCAACUUCCCCAGCUUCAAUUGUGAUUCAGUAGGACUGUGAUUGAUUUGCAGAUGAAUACAAACUUUUCAUGGAACCUGAUGCAGAGCUUCCUAGCAUAUUAAAAGGUUAACCCAGCAUUAUAUUUAAAUGGUCAAAAUGAGACAACUGCACCCACCAAAUACUACCUUCCAAUUUUCAACCCUAGGGAGAAAAAAGAAGUUUGAUUUGUAUCUCCCAUAACACAGGAAGUAAGCAGAAGGCAGCCCUGUGCUCUGUUCUGAGCAAUGGGGUUGUCAUCAAACAUAUCAAAAGAAACACAGUUUGUUCCACUUUAUCAUAAAACAGAUUUUAAAAUGGAGUGCAGAGUUGACCAUUAACAUGCUAGCACUUUGCAUCUAGUUGUGUAUUGGGUAAUAUUGCUUAUGCAAGUAAAUUAUGGGCUGAAGUGUUUUGUUUUCUGGCUAAAUGGAGCUUCUAUAUCCUUUUAGCAGAAAGCAGCUGUCAGCAACCUGCUCAGUCACAUUGAAGUGCUGUGUAUCUUAGGCUUCAGUUUCAGAGGAGAGUGCUGCUCCAGUUCUGUCAUCGAGCCAUACUGGAUUCCAUGUUUUCAAUAUGGCUAUGACACAAUUUUUCUUGGCCACAAUUCAGCCAUGGAAUUUUGUCUUCCUUGCAUUUCUGUUAGAAAAAGGUAACUGGUGAACUGUUCCAUCUGAGCUUUCAUGCAGUCACACAUGGCUUCUAUGAUACAUAUGUUGGGGCGUGUGUAUGGAUGUCUGUGUACUGCGUGUGGACAGUGUGGAUUGAUACGCACACGCCUAUUACGCUAUUUCAGUUUGUGUAUGUGGAGAAUGUACCUGUUGGUUAUCUCCUGAUAUAUACUCAUGCAUACCUAUAUUAAAUAUGUAUAUAGAGUGUAGAUGUCCUGCAUAUACAUGUGUAUAUGUUACGAAAACUUGGUUGGCAUUUUUUUUUCUCAGUUUUUUUUUUUUUUUUUGCAAAUUGCUGUCCCUUAUUACUUAUUCUCACUGAAGCUGCAUUAUAUAGAAGAAAUGGAGAAAUGUGUUAUCAAAGUUUUAUUUUAAAAAGGAGACUUUUAAUUAUCUAAAGCCAUUUGUAAUUGUCUUUUGAAUUUUUACUAGAAGGGUUGUUAUUUUAAAAAGGAAAAGAAAAAAAAGGAAACAAAAAAAAACAAAAGCAAGCAGACAAGCCCUUAUUCCCACCCUCGUUUAGGUGAAAGAAAUGGAAACACAAGUUUCUAAGUAUUUAUUUCGUUUAGAUGUUUCUGAGGCAUACAGUAAUUACAUUCUGCCCCAUCCCCCUUUUGUCCAAUUAUAAUAAAUGAUUCAUGAUUUUCUUUUCCCCUCAUUACUUUCGUAAAUCAUUGUUCACCUCCUACAUUCAAUAGUACUGAUAUCACUAAGGAGAUUUCAUGUCCUUCUGUCCUUUUUAGGAGAAAUACCAGUGCAUCACUAUUGUGUUUCAUUUUAACAUACUUUGUGGAGGAUGGAUGUUUUUAUUGAAGAUGUCUGUAACCCGUCUAACUUAUUUAAUGUGAGAAGCCUUCAUUGGAAUCUAUCGUCUGUUUGUUUCCAACAAGUUCAAGUUUCUGCAACUGUUUUUUUCACCAACAUGUUAAAUAAUUCCCUUCUUACUUUUAUGCCUGAGGUUUUAAAAUUUGGCUUUGUUUUUUGGGAUUUUUUCCCUCUAAUUCCCAAAAAUAUUUAUCUGCAAAUGGAGCAAAACAGAUAUCAGAAGCUCGACCAAUAUCCUUUUUCCAGUUCAGGGUAAAUAUAUUUAUCCUAGACUUGAUAAAAUAAGGUGGCAAAUGGACAAUCUGAAGUGCUUAGAGGGAAUGCUCUCUCUUUUUAAGGCUGUCUCCGAGAAGUUUGUGUUUGGUGUCAUUUUAAAGGUAGCUUGAUCAUGCUUUGAUAUCAGAAACAGCCUUGUAACAAAGAGCCUCAUACAGUUGUUCGGUCACUAGAGUUUAAAAUGUAAACAAGUUGCAGUGGGAAAGCAAAGGUGAGGCAGUGUAUUUUGAACCAGUGAAUUGUAGCUUGCAAAUGUACCUGAUUUUGAAGUAACUGCAUGGUAGCAAGGAUUAGCAGUCUCUUACACCCCUUCCUUCUUCCCUCUCAUAUCUGACACAUGUGUUCAGCAUACCAUACAUUGGGAAAAAUAAGCAACUUCCUCCAGCAAGGCUAAUCCACUGAAUGACUGCUUAAAGGGAACAUACAAACGGGCACUGCCGCGUCCCGUCUCAUGGUAUUAGCUGGAAGCCUGGCUAAUACGCACAAACAGCCCAGCCCAGCUCGCUUCUGUGCAUGUGUCCCUUGGGGACAGUGUGGUGAACAAGGGCUCCUUCCCUCAGGGGCCCUGGCAGCAAUGGCAACUCACACCACCUCUAGUGCUGGAGGCUCACGGACAGCAUUCCAGGGGCGGGGAGGAAAGCUUGUGUUUGUACUUUCCCUUUAAAUAGGAAAGGUUGGCUCACAUGUUCCUCAUACUUCUCAAUGAAUGUACUGUAUUACCAUUUAAAAAAAAAUCAAUUAAAUGAUAAUAGAUUGGUCUCCUUUUGUUAUCUGGUCCUUGUUUAAUUUGUUUAAGGGUUUUUGUAUACAAAAGUUUACAUUUUUAUGUAUAUUUUUCUUGUGUAAAAACUGAUGUAAUAUGUGUAUAAAACACUGUAUGUAUUAUCUGUAUAUAGUGUGACAAAAUGAUUUUCUUUCUUUCUUUUGGAUGUAUUAAUAAAUCUUGCUGUGAAGUAGCUGUGUUUACUAUGAUGAAACCCUCUUCUCCAAGCCAUUUUGCCAAGUCCAAGUGUAUGGAUAUUGCCCAGGAUGAAACCUACUCCAUGAAGUGAUUUUUUUUUCCUUUUAAAACAUAUCGUAAGUACAGUUAUUAAACUGUCCUUUGCUUAGA